AUUACUUCUUCCUAUCCAACAUGUCUGCCUCCGUGUGACAUUUGCUGGCCCUCGGUGAAUGUCCGGGAUUGAGGAUGUUUUUGCUGCGGAGAGUGCUGUGUGAGGGACUGGGCCGGGGGACUGGGCUGCUCCCCGGCUCGGGAGGCCGCCUGACAGGCAGUCAGAGCUGCUUUGCUGCAUGGAGAGCCCUGGAAACACGUGCCUGCAUUGUUCAUGUUAGAAAUUAUGCACAGAUGAAAAAGCAAGAUAGCCCAAGCCAGCUUGAUGACUUGCCUCCCACCAUGUUGCAGAAGGAUUAUGCAGAUGUACAGUUAGAAGAGGAUGUUGAUGAUGUUGUUAAGCGGUUAAUGUCUCUAGAAAUGGCAAGUCAGUCGGAAAAGCUUAGGGUGAAAACACAACAGUUGGUGGAGAAGGUCAAGAGAAAUCCAAAUGAUGACAGCUCCCCCGAAGUCAGAAUUGCAAAGAUGACAGCCAGGAUCAGGAAUUUCCAAGAGCACAUUCAAAAGCAUCCAAAGGACAAGGCAAACAAACGCAAAAUGCUGAUGUCCAUGGACCGACGCAAGAAACUGCUGAAAAAUUUGCGCCUCACUCAUUACGAUGCAUUUGAGAAUGUGUGCAAACAGCUGGGCAUCGAAUAUACAUUCCCCCCAGAGUACUACAGACGGGCCACUCGUAGGUGGUUGGCAAAGAAAGCACUGUGCUUAAAGGUAUAUCAAGAGACAAAAAGACUUCAAGCUGCAGGUCUUUUAAAGAAGAGGAAAUCAUCACAAGCUAAGACUCCAGAAAACCAGGGAACUCCAGUGUAAACCAAAUUUCAU